AUGUUGAGAGCCAAAACUGUGGUAGCGCCAAGGCUCUACACAGUGACGCAAAGAAACAUGAGCGGCAUCCACCUCCUUCGCCGUAGCGACACCACAUACGUGUACAUCAUCUUCGGAAUGGCCGAACCACCACCUCCAUACUCGGCGACUGCGAUCUCGCAAAACCACAGCCUUCAAAGGGACCUAGUGAUCCAGCUUCGCCGCUACCUUAUCGAGAUUAUGACCUUCGCCUUCAACGCCGAUUUCGCUCUUCUGAAUCAAGCGCUCGGCCAACAUACAUUGACCACAUCUGUUUCCAUAUCUACUACCAACUCGACCCUCACUGAAGAUGAGCGAGCCGAAUUGCUGCGCCUAGCCCUCAUCAGCAAAGACUUGUACGGGAAACAGAGAGGUCAUCAAUGGCUCACCACGCACGACAGCGACCGCAGAGCCAUCGCAGAUGCGAUUGUCAUACCCGCUCUCCAGCUUGAGCUCGACCCAGGUUACAUUCUCAAAAUCAUCAGCACGUACGCCGACCACCAGUGCGACGAAACUAAGCGCGAACAUACGUUGAUAUCUCUUAAAAUACCCUACCCACUAUGGUUAUUCCGCCAUCUCACCUUCCUGUUAAGCUUAUUCGGCCACCAUUUACACUCACAUGCCCGCAUCAUUCGCGCCACUGCCCCAGACGGACAUGUCCGCGCAGUGCUAGGCGAUGCGAUGAAAGUAUUUCAAGAGGAAGAGCUAGGUAUCAAGAAAGUCCCAGAUUGGUGCCCUGAUAGAUGGCCAGAUGAAUUUGGGUCAUGGUACAAUCUAUGGCAGGCUUUGAUAUCUGACGAAGAGCAGAUUGAAAUCUAUCUUCAACGCUUUCAUCUCCUAGUCUGUCUCAGCUCCCCGCUUUCUUGCCCGCUUACAAUGUCAUACCCGUAUAUUUGUGUUAAAUAUGGCCUAUCCUUUGUACAUGGAGCAUCGCAAGGUCCAGUCUUGGACUCUCAGUUAUUAUGUGGUACGCCCAUGCUGAAAGGAUGCAGGGAGUUGAAUAUGACAGAUUUUGGAAAAUUACAGCGAAGUUCUGCACUGCAGACUCGUGUUGCACUAUACAGAUUCACCACCGAUGACAACGCCCCACGAAAACGGUGGCAUAUGCCGCCGAAAAUGGCGGCAGAAUGCCCCCGCUGCCACUCAGCUGCACAACAGCAUGAAGAGGGUCUGAAAUAUUGGGCCCUAAUCAACUCGUAG